GCUUCCACCUGAGUGGCACAGUAACGGAGCCGGCCACUGCUUCUGAACCAGCAAUGACUUACAAAGUUGCAAUCAGUUUUGAUCGAUGCAAAAUCACUUCAGUGACAUGUGGCUGUGGGAACAAGGACAUAUUCUACUGUGCUCAUGUGGUGGCACUCUCACUCCACAGGAUCCGUAAACCAGACCAAGUCAAAUUGCGUCUUCCUAUCUCAGAAACUCUUUUUCAGAUGAAUAGGGAUCAGCUACAAAAGUUUAUUCAAUAUUUAAUCACAGCACACCACACUGAAGUUCUUCCUACUGCACAGAAACUGGCAGAUGAGAUUCUAUCCUCCAACUCAGAAAUCAACCAAGUGCAUGGUGCCCCUGAUCCCACAGCUGGAGCCAGCAUUGAUGAUGAGAACUGUUGGCAUUUAGAUGAAGAACAAGUGAAAGAACAGGUGAAGCUCUUUCUUUCCCAAGGUGGUUACUAUGGCUCUGGAAAGCAGCUCAACUCAAUGUUUGCCAAGGUUCGAGAGAUGCUGCGGAUGAGAGACUCCAAUGGAGCCAGGAUGUUGACACUUAUAACAGAGCAGUUUAUGGCUGACCCACGUCUCACACUCUGGAGGCAGCAAGGAACAAGCAUGACAGACAAGUGCAGGCAACUCUGGGAUGAGCUAGGGGCCUUAUGGGUGUGCAUCAUUUUAAAUCCACAUUGCAAACUGGAGGAAAAAUCCUGUUGGCUGCUGCAACUGCAGAAGUGGAGCGACCUUGAUGUCUGUCCCCUGGAGGAUGGGAACUAUGGCCAUGAGCUGCCCAACAUCACCAAUGCACUUCCCCAGAGUGCCAGUCACAACCCAGACUCUUUAUCCAGACCAAAACGAACAGUGUUCACUAGAGCCAUCGAGGGCCGUGAAUUGCAUUGGCAGGACAGCCACUUACAGCGAAUCAUCAGCAGUGAUGUAUACACAGCUCCUGCCUGCCAACGGGAAAGUGAGAGACUGCUCUUUAAUUCUCAAGGCCAGCCACUGUGGCUUGAGCAUGUGCCUACAGCCUGUGCUCGGGUUGAUGCCCUGCGUUCUCAUGGUUAUCCAAAAGAGGCCCUCAGACUCACAGUGGCCAUUAUCAAUACUCUGAGGUUGCAGCAACAGAGGCAACUGGAAAUCUACAAGCAUCAAAAGAAAGAACUGCUGCAGAGAGGAACUACAACCAUCACAAACCUGGAGGGAUGGGUGGGCCACCCCCUGGAUCCCAUUGGCUGUCUGUUUCUCACUUUGACUGAGGCCUGCCGCCUGAAUGAUGAUGGCUAUCUGGAAGUGUCAGAUAUGAGUGAAAGCAGAACCCCUGUGUACCAGCAUGUACCUGUGGCUGCAGGCUGCCCAAACAGCAGUGAGUCCUACCUGUCAUUGGCCCUCGAAGUUGCUCUCAUGGGAAUGGGUCAACAGAGGGUGAUGCCUGAAGGCCUCUACGCACAGGACAAGGUAUGCCGUAAUGAGGAACAACUCCUGAGUCGACUCCAGGAGCUGCAGCUGGAUGAUGAGCUAGUGCAAACACUGAGGAAACAGUGCAUCUUACUGCUAGAAGGAGGUCCUUUCAGUGGUCUUGGAGAAGUUAUCCACCGGGAGAGCGUGCCCAUGCAUACCUUUGCCAAGUAUUUGUUCUCAGCUCUGCUGCCGCAUGAUCCAGACCUAUCCUAUAAAUUAGCCUUACGUGCCAUGAGGUUACCUGUUCUAGAAAACUCAGCUUCUGCAAGUGACACUUCUCACCCUCACCAUAUGGUGUCUGUGGUACCCAACCGUUAUCCUCGCUGGUUCACGCUUGGGCACUUGGAAUCACAGCAGUGUGAACUGGCCUCCACCAUGCUGACUGCUGCCAAAGGGGACACUCUGAGGCUCCGAACAAUCCUGGAAGCAAUACAGAAGCACAUCCAUUCUUCCUCCCUCAUCUUCAAAUUGGCUCAAGAUGCAUUCAAGAUUGCUACUCCCACUGACAGCAGUACCGACAGCACCCUGCUCAACGUGGCCCUAGAGCUGGGGUUACAGGUGAUGAGGAUGACCUUAUCGACCCUUAACUGGAGGCGCCGAGAGAUGGUGCGGUGGUUGGUGACAUGUGCUACAGAAGUGGGUGUGCGGGCCCUGGUGAGCAUCCUGCAGAGCUGGUACACACUCUUCACUCCUACCGAGGCUACUAGUAUUGUGGCUGCCACAGCCGUGUCUCACACCACUAUCCUGCGCCUCAGUCUCGACUAUCCACAGCGGGAGGAGCUGGCCAGCUGUGCUCGCACGCUGGCCCUGCAGUGUGCUAUGAAAGAUCCACAGAGCUGUGCCCUGUCAGCCCUUACACUCUGUGAGAAAGACCACAUCGCCUUUGAGGCAGCCUACCAGAUCGCCAUUGAUGCUGCUGCUGGUGGCAUGACCCAUUCACAGCUGUUCACCAUCGCCCGCUACAUGGAGCUCCGUGGCUACCCGCUACGUGCCUUCAAGCUGGCCUCGCUGGCCAUGAGCCAUCUGAACCUGGCCUAUAACCAGGACACCCACCCGGCCAUCAAUGAUGUGCUCUGGGCAUGUGCCCUCAGCCACUCUCUGGGCAAGAAUGAGCUGGCAGCUCUCAUCCCACUGGUGGUGAAGAGCGUGCACUGUGCCACAGUGCUUUCAGACAUCCUGCGUCGCUGCACGGUGACUGCACCUGGCCUGGCCGGCAUCCCGGGACGCAGGAGCUCCGGAAAGCUCAUGUCUACUGACAAAGCUCCACUGCGCCAGCUGCUGGAUGCCACCAUCAAUGCCUAUAUCAACACCACACACUCACGCCUGACACACAUCAGCCCUCGCCACUACGGAGAGUUCAUUGAGUUUCUGAGCAAGGCUCGGGAGACCUUCCUUCUGCCCCAGGAUGGCCACCUGCAGUUUGCCCAGUUCAUUGACAACCUCAAACAGAUCUACAAAGGCAAGAAGAAACUGAUGUUGCUGGUGCGAGAGCGCUUUGGCUGA